CGAUGGAAGCAAGGAGAGAGAUAUUGGGAAGUUGUUGGUCUUUGCCUUCCGUCGCUUUCUUUCGUUGUCGUUUACGUUUCAUUCACGACACCUCUCUCUCUCUCUCUCUGGAUAUGGUUGUCUUUUUCGAUCGUCUGGUUUUUGCCUGGUAGCUGAAUUUGUUAUUGGUUUAUAAAUUCCCAUUUUUCAGCAGCACGGCUCUUCAAAUUUCUAGUCCAUUGUUGAGUUCCUUUUGUCUAUCUUUUGUCUGUUUACAACUCUUGGGUGGGUUCGUGCCCUCCUAUGCAAACUAUCAUGUGGAAUUUCCUUCUAUGGUCUUUAUAAUUUACUAGUUUUCCUUUGUUUUACAUCCGGAGGAGGUCCAUUUUCAUUCAAUACUUCUAGUUUCCCUUGUUUCCUUUCUGGGUUUUCUUUUAUCUUCUGGGUUCACUUCCAUCUCCACCUCUCUCGCUCGCUUGCAAUACUACUACAACAAUUUGAGUUUUGUCAUUUGGUUUCAAAAGCUCAAGAAGAUGAAGUGCUUCUUUCCCUUCAAGGACAAAUUCAAGACCAAGAGAGGACCGAGAUUCGCUCCAGAGCUGCAAAGCCAAAGUAAAUCAGAUGGUUCGGCUGCAAAGCGAGCAACCAAGUCUUCGAGUUCAUUACCAUCGACACGGAGCAUACCCGAAUUGUACAGAGAAAAGAAACACAAUUUGAGAGUUUUCUCGUACGAAGAGUUGAGGGAAGCAACAAAUGGUUUUAAUAGGUUGCUAAAGAUUGGAGAAGGUGGUUUUGGGAGUGUGUAUAAAGGUACUAUUAGGCCUCCAAAUGGUCAAGGUGAUUCAACUGUUGUUGCCAUAAAAAAGCUCAACACUAAUGGAUUGCAGGGUCAUAAACAGUGGCUAGCAGAAGUUCUAUUUCUUGGUGUUGUCAAUCAUCCAAAUCUAGUGAAACUUCUGGGAUACUGUUCUAGUGAUGAAGAAAGAGGUAUCCAGCGGUUGUUGGUGUACGAGUUCAUGCCUAACAGAAGCCUAGAAGCUCAUCUUUUCAACAGGUCAUUGCCCACACUUCCUUGGAAAACCAGAUUAGAGAUUCUCCUUGGUGCGGCCGAAGGAUUGGCUUACCUACAUGGGGGACUGGAAGUCCAGGUGAUAUAUCGAGAUUUCAAGUCCUCAAAUGUGCUCUUGGAUGAGGACUUUAAGGCAAAGCUCUCAGACUUUGGGCUUGCUAGGGAAGGGCCACGGGGUGACCAUACUCAUGUAUCCACUGCAGUAGUUGGGACAUAUGGCUAUGCUGCUCCAGAAUAUGUGGAAACAGGCCAUCUUACAACCCAGAGCGAUAUAUGGAGUUUUGGUGUUGUGCUGUAUGAGAUCCUCACAGGCAGGCGAGCAUUGGAAAGAAACCGUCCCACUUCGGAACAGAAGCUUCUAGAUUGGGUGAAACAGUUCCCGGCUAACAGUCGCAGAUUCAGCAUGAUAAUGGAUCCAAGAAUCAGAAACCAGUAUCCUCUUGCUGCAGCUCAGAAAAUUGCCAAACUUGCAGAUAGCUGCCUAAACAAGAAUGCUAAGGAUAGGCCAACAAUGAGCCAGGUAGUAGAGAUCUUGAAGGAAGCAACACAAAUCCCAGAAACUACUCCCGGGAAUAGUAGUUCUAGCUCAUCUGGAUCUAAAAUUUUCCAAAGAAACCAAAAUAGGAUUAUCAAAUGAAGUUUGUGACAUAGAGCCAAAGAAAAUAAAGAGUAGUUCUAAAUCAUCUGGGUUUGGAAUGUUAAACUGAUUAGACUCGAUUAAACCAAGCAAACCCUGGUCCUCGCUCAAUCAUCUAUACGUUUUGUCCUCAUAUUUCAAGAUUUUUGUAUUGAUGGAAGGAGGAGGUGUAUAGAUUGGUAUGUGGAAUGGUUGUAAAUCUCUAUAUUAAAAUUUUGCGUUCCGAUU